UUGACGGCCGGAGGCAACCGAGAAAGAAGAGGAAGCGGCGGUGGCGGCUGCGACAGGGGCCGGAGUGGCCGCCGGAGUGGGCGCCGCGGUCCAGUCCUGGGAGUGAGGCGCGGGCGGCCGGGCCGGUGGGCUGGGCGGCGGGCCCAGCGGCCGCCCCCGCGCCGCGCCCGCGCCCGGCGGCCCGAUGUGGCUGCAGCAGCGGCUUAAGGGGCUCCCGGGACUGCUGUCGAGCAGCUGGGCCCGCCGCCUACUCUGCCUGCUUGGCCUCCUGCUGCUGCUUCUGUGGUUCGGGGGCUCCGGGGCGCGGCGGGCGGCGGGCGGCCUGCACUUGCUGCCCUGGGCCAGCGGCAAGCGGGGUGCCACCGAGCCCUCUGCCUGCCUGGAGGCGGCCACCCGCGCCUGGCGCGGCCUGCGGGAGCGCGGCGAGGCUGUGCCGCUGGGCCCUGGAGUGCCAGCCCUGGUGGCCAACGGCUUCCUGGCCCUGGACGUGGCUGCCAACCGGCUGUGGGUGACCCCCGGAGAGCGGGAGCCCGCCGUGGCGCCGGACUUCGUGCCCUUCGUGCAGUUGCGCCCGCUGAGUGCGCUUUCCGAAGCUGGAGAGUCAGUGUUGUUGCUGCGUGAAGGGCUGCUGCGCCGGGUGCGUUGCCUGCAGCUCGGGACCCCGGGUCUCGGUGCUGCGGCCGCCGCCGCCGGGCCAGCCUCGGCCUCCGGCCUUGUCACGGGAUCCGGCCGCGACUGUGUCCUGCUGCAAGAGGACUUUCUGGCGCACCGGGGCCGACCCCACGUCUAUCUGCAGCGCAUCCAGCUCAACAACCCCACGGAGCGCGUGGCCGCGCUGCAGACUGUGGGGCCCACUGCUGGCCCGUCUCCCAGGGCCUUCACCAGUACUCUGGAGAAGGUCGGAGACCAUCAGUUCCUCCUCUACUCGGGCCGGUCCCCGCCUUCUUCCACGGGGCUGGUGCACCUGGUGGUGGUGGCCGCCAAGAAACUAGUGAACCGGCUCCAAGUGGCUCCCAAGACGCAGCUGGAUGAGACGGUGCUGUGGGUAGUGCAUGUCUCAGGUCCCGUUAACCCCCAGGUGCUCAAAAACAAAGCAGCCAAGGAGCUCAAGGUGCUCCAGGACUUGGCACGGAAGGAAAUGCUGGAGCUCUUGGAGAUGCCUGCAGCUGAGCUGCUGCAGGACCACCAGCGCCUUUGGGCUCAGCUCUUCAGCCCAGGUGUGGAAAUGAAGAAGAUCACGGAUGCCCACACCCCGUCUGGCCUGACCGUGAACCUGACCCUGUAUUACAUGCUGUCCUGCUCACCAGCCCCACUUCUCAGCCCCAGCCUGAGCCACAAGGAGCGAGACCAGAUGGAGUCGACGCUCAGCUACGAAGAUCACUGCUUCAGCGGCCACGCCACCAUGCACGCCGAGAACCUCUGGCCGGGCUGGCUGGCCUCCGUCCAGCAGAUCCUGCAGCUGUCUGACCUGUGGAAGCUGACCCUGCAGAAGCGCGGCUGCAAGGGGCUGGUGAAGGUGGGCGCCCCAGGCAUCCUGCAGGGCAUGGUGCUCAGCUUCGGGGGGCUGCAGUUCACGGAGAACCACCUCCAGUUCCAGGCCGACCCCGACGUGCUGCACAACAGCUACGCCUUGCACGGCAUCCGCUACAAGAACGACCACAUCAACCUGGCCGUGCUGGCGGACCCCGAGGGCAAGCCGUACCUGCACGUGUCCGUGGAGUCCCACGGCCAGCCCGGCAAGAUCUACGCCUGCGAGGCGGGCUGCCUGCAAGAGCCGGUGGAGCUGACCUCGGCGCCCCAGGGCCACACCUUCUCGGUCAUGGUGACGCAGCCCAUCACGCCGCUGCUCUACAUCUCCACCGACCUCACGCACCUGCAGGACCUGCGGCACACGCUGCACCUCAAGGCCAUCCUGGCCCACGACGAGCACAUGGCCCAGCAGGACCCCGGGCUGCCCUUCCUCUUCUGGUUCAGCGUGGCCUCCCUCAUCACCCUCUUCCACCUCUUCCUCUUCAAGCUCAUCUACAACGAGUACUGUGGGCCAGGGGCCAAGCCCUUCUUCAGGAGUAAGGAAGACCCCAGUGUCUGAGCGAGCCAGCAGUCCUGCUUUCAGCCACCAGUUGCACAAGACACCCAGCACUCAGAGUCCUGCUGCUACGAACAAGGGAUCCUUUGAAAGCACCCACCCUUUUGUGCCUUGUUGGGGGGACACCAGUGACGCAGACGUGCGUGCGGAUGUUCAGGACUUCGCAUUGGGGAGUGGGAGGGAGGGGCCAGUGGACUUUUUGUAAAGCUUUCCACUCAAUAAAAUGAACUACGUGGAACACACUUGAAAUUCAACUCGCUCCUUCCACUUUCCCCCUUUCUUCUGGGCCAGGAAAUAGAACCUCUUUUGAAAAAAACUCUUGUCUAGGAAAAAUUGUAGCUUUUUUCUUAAUUUAAUGUGUUGCUUCUUGACUGAAUUUUUAAUUUAUUGUUGAGAUUUUGCUGGAUGGCUUUUGCAUCCACCCACCUUAGACAGUGAAUCUUGGUGGUGAUUUUGCCGCCGGGGUGGUGUUUGGAGCCCCCACACGCUGCCAGUGGGGAGGGCGUGGGUCUCGGGUCAUCCUCGGGUUUGCACAUUGUCUCUUAUCACGAGCCUGUGGAGAGCUGUGGUUUUGUACUUCUGGGCUUCCGGGGAGGUGUUUAACUUUCUAGUGAUUGAUGAUUGUUGGGUUUUGAAAUACCAAAGCUUUCUUUUGUUCUGUUUUUAAAUAAAUCUCUUUCAAACUUUCA